GUAAUCGACCUCGACUGCGUCGAUGACGCGUUAGCAUUAGCAUCUGUAGGAAGAUGGCAUCCUCGGACCAAUCCGACCAGCAAAAUCAGAUUCCCACACCAGUCAGAGAAGAUGCUGCUCCAAGAGAAACGCUGAUCGCCACGGCAGUGAGGUUUUUACAAAACCAGAAAGUUCGGCAAAGUCCAAUAGCAACCAGAAGAGCCUUUUUGAAGAAAAAAGGUUUGACCGAUGAAGAGGUGGAGUUGGCCAUCCAGCGGUCCGGUAGUACAGAAGAGGCACUUGCUGUCAGCGUUACGGGCCCCGAACACAUCUCCCAUCCGUUUCCACUGGCCCCUGUCCCCUACACUCACCCAGGUUACAGAUGGAGAGACUACGGUGCCCUGGCUGUUAUCCUGGCUGGAAUGGCGUUUGGCUUCUAUCAUCUAUAUCGGAAAUACAUCCUUCCCCUCAUUAUGGGCAGCAAAGAGGACAAGAAGCAUCUGCAGAAGAUCGAGAGCAACAUCGCGGAUAUGAGUGGCACGCUGACACAGACAGUAACUCAAUUGCAGAUGACUCUGAACUCUGUACAAGAACUGCUGGUCCAACAACAGAAGAAGAUUCAGGAACUGUCACAAGAGCUGGCUAACUCACAGGCCUCGUCUUCAACCAACCGCAUGCUGGAGUCUCAGAGCGUCAGUGAGCUCAAGGCUGAGAUUGUGUCGUUGAAAGGUCUUCUUCUCAGCAGAAGACAGUUCCCCGCCUCACCCUCCAUUCCCAAAAUCCCAUCCUGGCAAAUCCCUCUCAAACCAGGAUCGCUGUCCAACCCCCCCUCCGUCAACCACACCAACAGCAGCAGCGACAUCUCUCCCGUCAGCAACGAAUCCACCAACUCCUCCCCUGUUAAAGAGGGCAACAGCUCCCAGGCCAGCCCGCCCGGCUCGCACUGCCUGAACGGAGACGUGGGCCUGGCCUCCAUGCUUCCUCUCGACCUGAAAGACCAAGUCCGCAUGGAAGUCCAGGGGGAGGAGGAGAAGAACGAUGAUGAUGAAGAUGAAGAAGAGGAUGACGUGAUCCAUCCGGAUGAGGAGGACCUUCUGAGUGUCCAGACAGAAGACAGAAGGGGAGGUGACGGACAGAUAAAUGAACCGGUGGAGAAGCUAAGACGUCCAGAGGGGGCGAGCAAUGAGAGCGAGGUCGAUUAGUAAAAAAUUAUUCGUCCGUUCGCUUCUUGUGUGUUUUUUUGUUCCCUUCGCCCCACCUUAGUUAAUUUCGGUGAUUGUUGCAGUAAAACGGUUACCCCUGACAUCAUUUACACUGUAAAGAACAGCAGGUGUUGCGGAUUAUGUCCCAUUCAUUGCAGUUCUGCACCUUUUUGACCUGACUUACUUGACUUUUCAACAUGCAAACUUCCAACGUGCAAACCAGCGUGGUGUCGGAAACCUUCUGCAUGCCUGAACAAGCACAGUGACAAAGAUGUUAAAAUACUGAGAGAAUUAUGAACAUGGCUUAUUUCUUUAGUUAUCAAUCUCAAUAUAAGCUAUUUCACCCGAUGGUAGUGAAUACAGUACAGCUUUAAAGGAAAACACGGGCGUUUUUCAAUAUUUUACCAUGUUCUUACCUCAACUUAGACAAAUUAAUACACACCUAUUUUUUUUCAAUGCGUGCACUUAAUCUUUGUACAGCACACCGUGAAUGUGUUAGCAUUUAGCCUAGCCCCAUUCAUUCCUUAGGAUCCAAACAGGGAUGAAUUUAGAACCCACCAAACACUUCCAUGUUUUUUCUAUUUAAAGACUGUUACAUGAAUAGUAACACGAGUAAGUAUGGUGGCACAAAUUAAAACUUUUGUUUGGAUCCUAAGGAAUGAAUGGGGCUACGCUAAAUGCUAACACAUUCACGAAGCGCUGUACAAAGAUUUAAAGUGCACGCAUUGAAAAAAGAUGUAUGCAUUAAUUCAUCUAAGUUGAGGUAAGAACAUAGUAAAAUAUUGAAAAACGGUGGUGUUUUCCUGUAAGUCCAUGCAAACACAAUCGGUUGCAGUGAAACAAAUCAAAAGCAAUAUGCACAGUCAGAAAAAUGGUCUCAAGAUGUCACUGGGGCAGUACCCUUUUGAAAGUGAAUUUGGUACCAAUGUGUACCUUUUGAUGUACUAAUAUGCAUCCUUCGGUGCAAAAGUGUACUUUUUUUAUAGUGACAGCUAAGGACCAUUUCUUCUGAAAAUAACAAUUGCUGUUCAUUAAACUCUGACAGCCUGUUUAACAAAGUUGAUUUUUUUUUUAAAACAACGUGAAGCAUCCUUAAAACCUCAUUAUCUGUAUAAGUGAGUACAGUAAACUUGUGAGAUGUUGCUGUAAGCUUUUUUAUACCAAGGCCUUGAAAUUUGUGAUGACAGCGAUACCAGAUUCGCGUCUCGGUGGUAGUGCGAGGGAAAACACGCAUGCACGCACGCACAGUGAACGAGGGGAAGAGAAAUGCGUCUGUCUCGCCUGUGUCUCUCCAGUCUCCAGCAGGGUAGCUGAUUUGGUUUAUGAAGUAUGUUAAUAAUCAAAUGAUCGACAAAUAACAGAUGUAUUAGUUCAUGCGGCUUGAAAUGUCAAGGAGGCUAAAAUCGGAAAUCUAAUACAGAAAGCCUGUUAUAUUGUAUUAUAUUACAUGACAAACCCUCCAGUCCAAAUUAUAUAGGCCUCCUGCAGUGAAUAAUCUUAACAUGAAACGGUGCUGGGGUUUUGUAAUUAAACCGUGUAAAACAAUAGAUGCUUCAGCGGAGGUGCUGACAGUUGUGCUUUUCUCUUUGGGGGCUUUUUUCUCAGAACAUCCUGAGAGGAUUAAAAAAAGGACAAAAAAGAAAACUCCCUGUGAUGCAAAUCGAAAGAAACGUAUGAAUAUUUAACUAAUGAAAUUACUCACUCGCCACCUGACGAGAAAAAGCCAGAGAGAUCCCGGAGUGAGAACUACAGCGUCAGAUCCAUUUUGACAUUUUUACUUUUAACAAAUGACCUUCAGAGUAACCGGAUUACGGCACAGGCAGGUGAAUCGUGGGACUGCGGCGGCGUUCGCCGUGCACAAUGAUGGAGCUCAAGCUUUCUGGCUGUGUGUGUGUUUGUCUUUUACUUCCUAGACUAGAAGUGAAUUUACAUACUCACACAAGAAUAAUAUGUGAUCAUAUAAUGUAUUCAUUGAAUUUUUUUUUUAAACGUAAGCAUUGAUUUGCAAAGAUAAAUAUCCAAAUGCAAAGUAAAUGAUACAGGUGAAUAGUUUGCACAAAACACUUGAUUCCAAACCUUUAUGCUGUUAUUUUGCAAUAGCUUUUUUAUACAAGGUACAGUAAAUAAUGACUUUUUAUCAUUUUAUUUUUAUUUUUUGUGGUCACUGUUAUCUUGUAUAAAAAAAAAUAUUUGUCAAAAUAUCAACACUUUUCUGUUUGGAAUGAAAUUCGGUGAGUAAAUAAUAAUAAACCUUUUUUUUUUAAACUUCCGUUCCUUUGAACUACCUGUAAAGUUUCUUUCAUUUCUAAAGUAAAUGGUUUCAUACAGAGAUGACAUGGUUGAGUUACCGAUAGUUACUGAUAUAACUGAAAGGAAGGAAGGAAGACCAUCAGCUUCAGUGUUCAAAGUGUUGUGCAUACUAGUUUUUACUUAAAACCACAUUCUGGAGUUCCUGUAACUAGCAGGUUGAUUCUGGUAUUGUGACAACAACAGCACAUCUUACUUAUUUUAUCUAAUCUAUGUAAAUCUUCUGUGAGACAGGUUAGAGCUGCUGAAUUAAUGAUAAACCACAGAUUCGGGGCCCAGGUCUCUUGAGAUUAUGUUCUCAUCGUGUCCAACUGUGUUUUUAUGACAAAAUGUUGUUGGGAAUCUAUGCGGCUGGGUUUUAACAACUCAGAUUGCAUUGGGAUUUAAGCAUUUAUUGUUUGUGUGUGUUUGUGCUGGCUUAGUUUUUGGAUAAGCUGGUAAACACUGAAAGGGAGAAGUCACUCAAAAAUGAAAGUCAUCAUUUACUAUACCUCAUGUUGUUCUUAACCUGUAUGAGUUUCUUUAAUUUGUUGAACACAAAAGAAGAUAUUUUGAUAAAUGAUAGUGUCACACAGUUGGUACCCAUUGACUUGCAUGGUAAAAAAGAGCAUCAUUUAUCAAAAUAUCUUCUUUUGUGUUUAACAGAAGAAAGAAACUCUAUCCGUUUUUUUAAACAACACGAGAGAGAGAGAGUAAAUGAUGACAGAAUUGUCAUUUUUGAGUGAACUGUUCCUUGUAGUGGGUUGUAUGAACUGCACAGUGUUCGUGUUGUUGACACCCUGCUGGUAUUUGUCAGAGAGAAAUUCUGGAGAUUAAUGUAAAUAAUUGUAAUAAAUCUGAUUUACCACAA